UUACAAAAAUAUUAAUAUUAUUGUUAAUCUCUCUCCCACUAUAUAAACCCGUUUACUCCAUUAAAUGGUUACUGUAAUUAAAUCCACAAGUCUCUCUCUCUUUUCUCAACUUUUUUUAAAAUGGACGAUCAACCGCCGCUGAUCUGGCCGCAGUUUGAAUCCACCGGAUACACUCGUCGACGAUCACCAAUCCCGACUAUAUUAGUUCCAGCGAUGAUCGGAGUUACAUCAGCGGCUAUAUUUCUAAUCUUUGUAACCUUCGUCGUCCCUACGUUUCUCUCCAUCACAUCACAGAUUCUCCAACCAGCUUCAGUGAAGCGAGGAUGGGACUCGAUCAACGUCGUUUUAGUAGUUUUCGCCAUUUUAUGCGGCGUACUCGCUAGACGAAACGACGACGGAUUACCUUCGUCGUCGUCGUCUUCUUCACAAUCAGAAGAAGCUGUUAUGAUCAGUGGUGAGGUUAGUAAGAUCUCAUCAACGCCGACGGUUUCAUCAGAGCAUUGGUUUGAUGAUGCGUAUGAUGCUGAUAGGCUUAAGAUCUAUGAGAGUGUGAGUAACCGGAGUUUUAUUACGCCUGCUUUAUUACCGGUUGUUACCGGAACUGUACCGUUGAGGCGUAGUAGUACUUCCUAUCCUGAUCUUAGACAAGGUGUUUUCAGAGAAACUGGUGAUCGCCGGUUCCGGUUUUACGACGAUUUCGAAAUUGAUAAGUACCGAUCAGUAAACGAAUCUGAACCGUUUCUGAAUCGUUCUAAAAUCGAGAUUGAAGAAGAAGAAACAGAGCCUAAAGAGAUUCAUAUUGAUAAAUUCGUUGUAAAACCUUCUUCUCCGCCGCCGUCUCCGCCGCAACAACCACCGGCCCCACCACCUCCGCCUCCUCCGCCACUUACUCGACAAUCGCCGGUUGAAGUUUCGCAUAAACCGAGAAGGACUCAACGUUCUGUUAGAAACAGAGAUGUACAAGAAAACGUGAAACGCAGUGAGACUAAGUUCAAACGAACGUUUCAACCUCCGCCAUCACCGCCUCCUCCGCCACCUCCUCCACCACCUCCUCCGCUUGUAAUGGCUACGCCACCGAGGAAACAAGGGACUCUUCAGCGGAGAAAGAGCAAUGCGGCUAAAGAGAUUAAAAUGGUUUUCGCUUCUCUGUAUAAUCAAGGAAAGAAGAAGAAGAAGCUUCAGAAAUCUAAGAGAAAGGAGAGAAUCGAAUCUUCUCCGGUGGUUGUGAUGGAAGAGCCGCCGCAAUACCAAUCGUUAAUUCCGCCACCGUCUCCGCCUCCUCCUCCACCACCACCACCGCCUCCGCCGCGAUCGUCGCAGUCUGUGUUCUACGGGUUGUUCAAGAAAGGAGUUAAGAGCAACAAAAAGAUUCACUCCGUUCCGGCGCCGCCUCCACCUCCACCGCCGAGAAAGAUUCAAUUUGAUCCUCAGAUACCGCCACCACCACGGAGAUCCAAAUCCGGAAGACCUCCACGUCCGACGAAACCGACGAGUUUUAACGAAGAGAACAACGGACAAGGAUCUCCGUUAAUCCAGACUACGCCUCCGCCUCCACCACCGCCUCCGUUUAGAGUUCCGCCGUUAAAAUUCGUGGUGAGUGGUGAUUUCGCGAAGAUACGGAGUAACCAGAGCUCUAGAUGUAGCUCCCCUGAACGAGAAGUGUUCGACAUUGGUUGGGGUCUAGAGCUCACUCAAACUGACGGCGGAGUUGAAACAACACCCGCCGUGAGCGGCGGUGGUGGUGUGCUGCCGGGGUUCUGUCCAAGCCCGGACGUGAAUACGAAAGCCGACAAUUUCAUCGCCAGGCUUAGAGACGAGUGGAGGCUUGAUAAGAUUAACUCCGUUAAUAGAAAAAGGUAACUGGGCUUUGUGUAAGGCCCAUUAUGAAAACGGCGUAGUUUUUGCGUCAUUUCAUGACCUGAAAGUGCUGAAGCAACAACAUGCACAAGUAGGAUCUGUCGCGUCAUACGACAAACAUCUACAAAGGAAGUUUGGUAAACAAUAUGGUCGAGAUGUUCUUUUUUAUAUUGGUUGGCGAUUUCGUUGUGAUUUAAAGCAAUGUGCAGACACAACACAAGGACUUAAAUUUAAGUGGGUAUUGUCGGUAUAGUUAAUUACUGGUAGUUGGUUCGAACUGGCUGGUUAGUUUUUGGGUUUAACCGGUUGAGGGGAUUUUGUUUGGUUUGGUGUGUUGGGUUUUUUUCAGUUUUGGACUUUGGAGUGUGGGUAUGAAAAGUUAGUUAAUAAAUAACUUUGGUGUUGAUAUUAUUAUUGUUGGUACGCAUAACGUAUUGAUGUAUGUAUGGGCCAUUGGUGUAUGAAUUAUAUAGUUGUGGGGGCUCUGUAUUUUGUUGAGCCUACCUCUUGUGACUUUUCCCU